GACAUAUAUUACAAUUAGCGAUACAAAGCGUCACAGGUCAAAAGAAGAAGAAGCAGCAGCAGUGACCGUCAACAGAGCCACCUGCGCCUCUCGCCUAAGGACAAGUGUGAAAAAGAAAAGACUGACAUACGAAGCGACUUAACGCGAUAAAGUAUACAAGAAGAGGAGAUACGUCACAGAUCGUCAACCCCAAGAGUUUACGCUUAGAGCCUCAUGUUGUGUGUGGGCCGGAGGGUGGCGGGCCUGGCGCAGUGCUCCUUGGGGCUGCUGACCAGAGGCACACCAGUCGCUACAGUCCUGCCUCAGCACAGAAGCAAUAGCAGCAGCAGCAGCAGUCAGCAGUGGCAUGUAGAGGAGGAGGACAUCGACCCCCAGCAGCUGGCCCUUCUUGAGGAGCCAUGCAUCCUGGUGGAUGAGGCCGACACGCCUCUUGGCCCUGCCUCCAAGCGGCACUGCCACUUGAUGCGUGGCGGCACCUCGCCCCUCCACCGGGCCUUCAGCGUCUUCCUCUUCAACUCAGCUGGCGAGCUUCUGGUCCACCGCCGCUCACACACCAAGAUCACCUUUCCUGGUUACUACACCAACACCUGCUGCUCCCACCCACUGCACACCCCAAGAGAGACCAUUGAGGAGGGUGCACUGGGGGUCAGGAAUGCCGCACAGAGACGGUUGGAGUUUGAGCUUGGCAUUCCACUGGAGCAGGUGAGGCCAAGUGACUUCACAUACCUCACGCGCAUCCACUAUGCCAGCCCUUCUGAUGGCACUUGGGGUGAACAUGAGAUGGACUACAUAUUGUUUCUUCAAAAGGACGUUUCGGUCAGUCCCAAUGAGAAUGAGGUGGAGGAUGUUCGCUAUGUUAAAAGGGAGGACUUUGGCGGGUUCUUGAGGCGGCUGCAGGAUGACAACGUCCCCAUCACUCCGUGGUUUGGUCUUAUUGCUGAGAAGUUCCUGCCCCUGUGGUGGAGGAACCUGGAUGCCCUCCACAAGUUCACUGACCACCAUAAUAUUCACCGCAUGGAGUGACUUCCUCCACCAACCCUCCCUCCUGGCCUUCACUCCAUCCCUCCAUCUCAUCUCAUUCUCAGAGGUUUGUUGUCAUAUUUCAUUCUAUUCUCCAUCCUGUUCCAUCACUUUUCCUUGUAUUCUCAGAGGUUUGGCACAUCAUUGUAUGAUUUUCCACACCACAUUCCUUUCUCUCCACCUUGCUUCAUCUAGCUUUCUUAACAUGUGAAGUUUGUAUAGUACUGGAUAUUUGCACAUAUCCUGUGUUGAGUUCCCUCUCUUUUCCUUGCCUUUAUUAGAAGGCUCUAGUAGUCUUUGUUGACAUGUAGUUCUUAGAUAUUUAUGUAUUUAUGCUGCUCUCUACUCUUUGAGUGACCUGGAACAAGCAUUGUAUUGUUUUUUAGGUCCUGACAUUUAAAUACAGUAUAUAUAUAUAUAUAUAUAUAUAUAUAUAUAUAUAUAUAUAUAUAUAUAUAUAUAUAUAUAUAUAUAUAUAUAUAUAUACAUACAUACAUACAUACAUACAUACAGUCGUCCCUCAAAUAGUACGGUUUCCACUUGUACGGUUUUGGUUUUUACGGAUUUUCAUGGAAGAUUUUUUUUAGGAUUUUUCAAUUUCCUGCUCGUCGCACCAAGUAGCCCUGGCAUGAGUGGCAACACUGUUCUACCAAAACACCUGCUGAAAGCAUCCCAAAGCAUUCGAGAAAGGUGUUCACCUUGCAGAAGAAUUCAGAUUUAGGAGAAGUUACGUUUUGGGAUGAGCUACGUUGUGGUAGGGAGAGCAUACCACGUGAAUGAGAGCAGUGUUCGCUGUAUCUAUCAUAUUGUAAAAUAAAUUCUUGCCGCAGUAAUUGCCAGUGCUCCAAGAGUGCUGCAAGAGUGGAGAUAAAGGCCGUCCUUUUAUUAAGCCUCAUCGUUGCUAUGGCAACGGCAUCUCUCUUGCAGCAAAAUGGCGUACGCUGAUCUUCCUGGCGACGUUUUUUCCAUUUGAAACCUUCCUAUCACUAUUUUUUUUUAGGUGAACUAAUAAGAACCCUAAUUAAGUCAACUUGUAAUAUUAAACUCACCUUAAUAAAGCAGUUAAUUAGGUGUUUGUUGUGAUGGUUAUUCUGAGGCUCCUGCAUGGAGGCUACUGUGGAGUAUUGCUCAACACAUCCCCACGCUGUGAGCUUUUCCCUUGUCAGAAAGAUGUGGAAAUUUAUCUAUCUAUAUCUGUGAUGCCAGUUAAUUGAUCUAUCUAUGUCUGUAUCUCCAAAUCCAGCAGAAGAAUCUCCAACUUUCCCUAUUCUGUUGUAGCAGAAUGAUCAGGGAUCCCAGAAUAUUUAGAGACUGGCAUUGUGCCAGAACUGGAAGGCCAACAUGUCGAACAUUUCUCAGUACAGUAUUAAAUGUCCAAGCUCUUGAGCCACGAACACAGAACAGUGGAGCUUUUGGGUCCUGUGGCAGUGGACAGGCAGGUGGGCUGGCUGGCUGCUUCAGUGGAUGGCUAGCUAGUAAGUGAGGGUUUUCAAAUAGUAAAUUCAAGGUUCUUAACUUCAGACAAUGGAAAUAAGAAAAUUUAAAAAAAUUGAAGAUAAAACACACAGGGGGAAUGUUUGCUUCAAAUAGGAAAGUCAAGAUGGAAUACUGGGUUUGCAUUCAGGGGCCUAGCGAUGGAAGAUGGCAUAGCCCUCCCCAUCACAUUGCUGUAGUAACUGAGUCUGGGUGAGAGGGGGGCUUGUCACAUGCCACUCCGAGGUGCGUGGUGCCAAUCAAGAUGGCAUGAGAGAUGCAGUCAUACUCAUACUUAUAUAAUGAGAAUCUUAAGUUCUCACAGAUAUCAAGAUAAUGUAUUCAGAUAAGGCACAGUACUGCAUGUACACCAUGAGGUACUGGUGCCUCAGACCCUGAUGUGGGCUGUGGCAGAGUAUGAACACCAGGGAACACUUUUUUUUUUCUUUUUUUUAUAUAUACAACUGAAGAAUACACAGGAUAUGCACAUAAUACUGCUUUAAAGAUACUGUAUUAUUUGUCUUAUGUCAACACACUAGGGACAUACAUAGUGGUGUCCAGAGAAUAAUUUUUGUAUGAUCACUGCCCUCAAUAAAUAGGUUUAUACAGCUACCUCUUCACCAAGGUAAUAUGUGUUGGCUACAGGUGUUUGACUUAGGAUUACAUUGUAUGCUACUUGGAUCCCUUUCCUUUCUUGUAAAAGCACUAUGGCACAUUAAACCCUUCUCAUCAAAAAAGAUUUAUCAAUAAAAAGAGAAAAUUUGUCUCACGUUGUUGCAGGAUAAUCUGUACGACUUAUUUCAAACAUUCUGAAUGCCCAUUCAUUGUUUGCUGUGAUCCACAUGCAAACAUCCAGACCAAAAAGUGAUUCACUUGGAUGUGCAUACAGUGUGAUUAGAAACAGUCUUUUAAACCACUUCCCCAAUUAAAACUGCAUAUUAUGAUUACUCCUAAGAACAGUUUGGGGUUUACACUGUUCCUGGUUGUUGCAUUGUACAGUAUGAAGGGAUGCUGCUUAAAAAUAACAUCAAUAAUCACAGUGUAUGUCUGGUCUGAACACACACACUCUCUAGUGUGACUCGACAGCUGACUAGACGCUGACUAACCAUCACUAGUCCCUAAGGCUCCCACCAGUGGAGCUAAUGUGUCUUACGCAUCUAAUAAAACAUGAUAAACUUUGGCAUUCAGAGAAAAAAACUGUUCAUAAAUAACAGGCACAAGUAGCUAGCAUACGUGUGUGUACCUUCCUAGCACUGGCAGCAAGAUGCCAGCCCCUCAGUGUGGUGCACAGAAUUGUUCCUACUUAGUCUAACAUUGCAGGUUGACAGUGCAUCAUAUAUAAUGUAAUUCUGAGAAUAUUCUUCAUGGGUAAUAUCAAUAGAACUAAUAAUUAGGGAUAUUACAUCACAGGUCAGUCCAUGAUAGUCACUGAAAAAAAAAAAAAAAAAAAUACAGUAAAACCUCACUUUAAUGGACUAUUAGGGGGAAGGGGUGUCUUGACACCAAAAGUAUGUAGAACUGAUAAUAUAAAAUAAAAAGAGGUAUAGAGUAAAGAUAAAUUGAUAUGUGGUGAACGGCUGCAAUGCACCUUGCCCACUGCGAAUUUGAUAACUAGGAGCAGGCCGGCUGCUUAUAUUAACAUGCUGGUACCACGUUAUCAAAGAACUGUAGAUGGGUGUUCCCU